AUGAGAUUUCGACAAUUCUUUUUUGUAUUCUUUAUUUUUAUGAUGAAUCUUCUCCAUAUCAACGGACAGAGACCAGCUAACCUGGCCUUGAGAAGAAAGCUGCACAGACACGACUGCCCUCAGAGGAGAUGCGUGCCUCUCCAUUCAGCAGUGCCCUUCCCUGAGAACUGUGUAGCGGACGCACCAGGUCUGCCGGAAGAAGAGGAGCGAAGAAGAGACGCCCAGCCACCCGGUGGAGCUUCAUUAUGGCAACAGUGUGAUUGCUCAGAAGUUCCUGCACAAACAGGACUCACCUGA